AUGACGAACCACACCUACGUCAGCCCCGAGGAUGAGCGGGCAUUUAUGGCCAUUCUGGCCAAGGACCCCGAGUGCAGCCGGUGCUUCGAGUGCGGAGCACCCUCUCCGCAGUGGUGCGACGUCAUGCACGGUACCUUCAUUUGCUUAAACUGUAGUGGUCAGCACCGCGGCCUCGGCGUGCACCUUUCUUUUGUCCGUAGCUCUACGAUGGACGGCUGGAUGAACUGGAAACCGGAGAAGCUGCGUCAGAUGGAACUCGGCGGCAACCGCCGUGCGCGGCUGUACUUUGAGGCGCACAACGUCCCCAAAGCUCCUUUCAGGAAUCGCUACGAGUCGCUCCCAGCCCUCCGCUACGCCGACAUGCUUGAGUCCGAGGCUCUUGACAAGCCCUUCAGCGAGGCAGCCUGGCAGCCACCAGCGUGGUACGCGCGCCUCAAGGCUGCGGCGAGUCCUUCAGAGGGGUCCCCGACGUCAGCAUACCCACAGACGAAUCCGACCCGCUUUGCUGGUCAUGGGUCGAAUGGGCAGCCGCAUGCGAUGUCCGGCAACAGCGGUGGCGGCAGUGAGUGGUACUCGGCGCUGUACAGCGGCUGGAGCACUGUGUCGCAAAAGGCAACCGAAUUAGCGCAACAUGCCACCAAGGCAGUUCAGAGCGCGGACGUGGAGGGAGUACGCACCUCCUUGGCGCAGCGAUGGGCUGGCGUCUCGGCCACAGUGUCCACUUACGCCACCGACCUGCAGCAGCGAAUGGCAGAGAGUGGCAGGGAUAUGAACGUCCCCGGUGGUGACGAAGACGAUGGUCUAGCCCACAUGCUUCACAACGUGCGGCAGGUGCAGACGGAAAACGGUGUAGACAACACUCCUGGUGGCCAAUCGCGAUACGGCCCCGUUGAAAGUAGCAGCAGCAGCAGCUACGGCCCUGGCUCUCGCGCCUCGGUGCAAGCGAGGCCAAUCGGUCCCACGUCACCAGAGUCCUCCAAAGUAUACCAGGGGCGCAUACUGAUGCAGAGUGCGUGUGAGAGCGCGCCAACGGCGAGCGUGGCUUCCUCCAUGUCUCCUGGUUGGGGAUCACCAGCUCGCCUCAACCAUAACGUCACCCUUCCUCCCACAGAACUGAAGGCAAACCGCCCGGUGAACCCGCUCGGUGGUGAUGAUGGCAGUGCCCCCUCUGCUGCUCCGCAGUUGCCAGCGAAGGACAACUGCUCCUGGGAGGACGAGAAUUUCUAG